UUGCUGCAGACUCUCACAGGACGUGCGCGCGCGUGUGUGUGUAUGUGUGUUUGUAGUUUGUUCAUUUCUUCUUUUCUUUACUGCAGACAAACCGCCUUUUCUUAUCGGAUUCUUCACUUCUACUCCGAAGAAGUGUAUCGUUUUUUUUUCGUGUGGAGUUUAUCAUUGUCUGGGGGGGGGGGGUAAAACUCGAAGAGGAUAUAAAAAAAGAAAGAACGACUCAAAGAAGGAGAAAAACACACAAACCUGGAGGAGGAAAAGGGCGUUCAUACUUCGAAGUAACCAUGGAAGUUCCUGGUAUGCAGAGUUCUCAGAUUGAUCCGGAGGAGUUGUUCACCAAAUUGGAUCGCAUUGGAAAGGGAUCUUUUGGAGAGGUGUUUAAAGGGAUUGAUAAUCGUACGCAGAGCGUUGUCGCCAUUAAGACGAUCGAUCUGGAGGAGGCUGAGGACGAGAUCGAGGACAUCCAGCAGGAGAUCACAGUUCUCAGUCAGUGCGACAGUCCGUACAUCACCAAGUACUUCGGCUCCUAUCUGAAGGGCAGUAAACUAUGGAUCAUCAUGGAGUAUCUUGGCGGAGGUUCAGCGCUCGACUUGCUUCGGGCGGGUCCGUUUGAUGAGUCUCAGAUUGCCACCAUGCUGAAGGAGAUCUUGAAGGGGCUCGACUACCUGCACUCUGAGAAGAAGAUCCACCGAGACAUCAAAGCUGCCAACGUCCUGCUGUCGGAGCACGGUCAGGUGAAGCUGGCCGACUUCGGUGUGGCCGGUCAGCUGACGGACACGCAGAUAAAGAGGGAAACCUUCGUGGGAACGCCGUUCUGGAUGGCUCCGGAGGUCAUCCAGCAGUCCGCCUACGACUCCAAGGCCGACAUUUGGUCGCUUGGCAUCACGGCCAUCGAGCUCGCCAAGGGAGAGCCCCCCAACUCGGACAUGCAUCCGAUGCGAGUGCUGUUCCACAUCCCCAAGUCUCCUCCUCCGACGCUGAGCGGAGAUUUCUCCAAGAGCUUCAAAGAGUUCACCGAGGCGUGCCUCAACAAGGACCCUACCUUCCGUCCAACAGCCAAAGAGCUCCUCAAACACAAGUUCAUCGUCAAACACUGUAAGAAGACAUCCUACCUCAGCGAGCUGAUCGACCGGUACAGGCGCUGGAAGGAGGAGGGCCACAGCGGCAGCAGCUCCGACGACUCCGACAGUGAGUCCAGUAAUAAGGAGAACAGCGAGUCUCCCGAGUGGUCCUUCACCACGGUCCGUAAGAAGAAGACGGAGGGCAGGAAGGUCCUCAAUGGAACGGGUCAGGAUCAGCAGAGUAAAUCAGCCAGUCUGACCACAGUCAUCUCUCCCGUCUUCACUGAGUUGAAGCAGCAGCACAAGGAGCACUCUGAGCAGCGAUUGGCCAUCGAGGAGCUGGAACGCAACAUCCGAUUAGCUGAAGAGGUCUGUCCAGGCAUCACAGACAGGAUGGUCACACACAUCAUUGCUAGAUUUACGACGAACUGAAGCAGUCUGAAAAUGGAUCGGAAAAGGAAGUACGUUAUGUGAAGAGAGACUGUGUCUCCAUACGGUGACGCUGCUGGAUGAUUGGAAACAGAGGAUAUUUGCUGUGCGAUGUCUCCUCGCUGUACACACACACACACACACACACACACACACACACACACACACACUACUAAUGUAAUAUAUAC